AUCAACACAUCAACGUUUAGUCCUGUUUUCUCUGCCAGCAACCCCUCCCCCUUUGUAUCUGCUUUCAUGAUAAAUCCCUCCUAUGUGCCACUGACUGGCAGAAUUGAAAGGCUCGGAAAUCACGCAACCAACUAGACACCAACACUUUCAUUUUUUCGCUGAGGCUGACUCGCCUGACGGCAGUUUUUUUUUUCUUGAGAAGCAACAGUCUGAGCCGCUCAUCAGUCAGGGUUUGCGUCUCCACAGCGGCUUCAACUGGAUCUCACCCUCUGUGGUUAUCUCUGAAGCCGAGCGGCAUUUUCCUCUCUCUUUUUUAAACUUUUGCAGUUUUACUUUUUGCUGCAGGUAUUGUUUCCACCUCAUCUGCCUCAGCAGCAUGUUGGAUCCGUCUUCCAGCGAGGAGGAAGGGGAUGAGAUACUGGAGGUGGAACACAAAGAGGUGGCGGCCCCGAAGAGCCUCGGAGGAGCCAGACUAUCACCGGGCCGAGCCGCCGACGGCCACGGUGGCGGAGGGCUACAGCCCCGGGGCCGCGGGAGCGGCGGCGGCCGACCCUCCAGCCCCAGCCCGUCGGUAGGCAGCGACAAGGAGAAGGAGGAUCUAGAGAAGAUGCAAAGGGAAGAGGAGGAGAGGAAAAAGAGACUCCAGCUGUAUGUGUUUGUGAUGCGCUGCAUCGCCUAUCCGUUCAACGCAAAGCAACCUACUGACAUGGCAAGGAGGCAGCAGAAGAUCAGUAAGCAGCAGCUGCAGACAGUCAAAGAGCGUUUCCAGGCAUUCCUCAAUGGAGAAACUCAGAUUGUGGCUGAUGAGGCCUUCAUCAAUGCUGUCCAGAGCUACUAUGAGGUCUUCCUGAAAAGCGACCGUGUCUCCCGGAUGGUGCAGAGUGGUGGCUGCUCAGCCAGUGACUCUCGGGAGGUUUUUAAGAAGCACAUAGAGAAGAGGGUGCGCAGCCUGCCUGAGAUCGAUGGCCUAAGCAAAGAGACUGUGCUGAGCUCCUGGAUUGCCAAGUUUGACACCAUCUACCGUGGUGAAGAGGACCCCAGGAAGCACCAGCAGAGGAUGACAGCCAGUGCUGCCUCCGAGCUCAUCCUCAGCAAAGACCAGCUCUAUGAGAUGUUUCAGCAGAUCCUGGGCAUCAAGAAGUUCGAGCACCAACUCCUUUAUAAUGCCUGCCAGCUUGACAACCCUGAUGAGCAGGCAGCACAGAUCAGAAGAGAAUUGGAUGGACGCCUGCAAAUGGCAGACCAGAUUGCUCGGCAUGGUGGAAGGUUUCCCAGGUUUUCCUCCAGGGAGAUGGAGGCAAUGUACAUUGAGGAGCUGCGAUCUUCUGUCAACCUGCUGAUGGCCAACCUGGAGAGCAUGCCGGUAUCCAAGGGAGGAGAAUUUAAGCUGCAGAAGCUGAAACGAGGCCAUAACACAUCAAUCAUGGACAUGGGCCAGGAGGACGAGAACACGUUGUCCAAAUCUGACGUGGUUCUGUCCUUCACCCUGGAGGUAGUGAUCAUGGAGGUUCAAGGUCUGAAGUCGCUGGCUCCAAACAGGAUUGUUUACUGUACCAUGGAGGUAGAGGGAGGACAUAAACUACAAACAGACCAGGCUGAGGCCUCAAAACCCACUUGGGGUACCCAGGGCGACUUCACCACCACCCAGCCGUUACCUGCUGUCAAAGUGAAGCUUUUCACUGAGAGCACAGGAGUGUUGGCUCUGGAAGAUAAGGAGCUGGGGAGGGUUGUGCUCCACCCAACUCCUAACAGUCCAAAGCAGUCAGAGCUCCAUAAGAUGACUGUAUCUAAAGGGUGUCCAGACAGUGACCUCAAGAUUAAAUUGGCUAUUCGCAUGGACAAACCACAAAACAUGAAGCAUUGUGGAUAUCUUUGGGCCAUUGGCAAAAAUGUGUGGAAAAGAUGGAAGAAAAGAUUCUUUGUGCUGGUUCAGGUGAGUCAAUACACCUUUGCCAUGUGCAGCUACAGAGAGAAGAAGGCUGAACCUGUGGAGCUCCUGCAGCUGGAUGGCUACACUGUGGACUACACUGACCCCCAGCCAGGUCUAGACGGUGGUCGGACGUUCUUCAACGCUGUAAAGGAGGGUGACACUGUGAUCUUCGCCAGUGAUGAUGAGCAGGACCGGAUUCUAUGGGUGCAGGCCAUGUACCGAGCCACUGGCCAGUCACACAAGCCAGUUCCUCCCACCCAGGUCCAGAAACUCAACUCGAGGGGGGGCACGGCACCACAGCUUGAUGCACCCAUAUCUCAGUUCUAUGCCGAUCGAGCCCAGAAGCACGGCAUGGAUGAGUUCAUUUCAGCCAACCCCUGUAACUUUGACCAUGCCUCGCUCUUUGAGCUGGUACAGCGCCUCACCCUGGACCACAGACUCAACGACUCCUACUCCUGCCUGGGCUGGUUCAGUCCUGGUCAGGUGUUUGUCUUGGAUGAGUACUGCGCUCGCUACGGCGUCCGGGGCUGCCAUCGGCAUUUAUGUUACCUUAGCGAUCUGCUGGAGAGGGCGGAGAAUGGAGCCAUGAUCGACCCCACCCUGCUACACUACAGCUUUGCCUUCUGUGCCUCCCAUGUCCAUGGCAACAGGCCUGACGGUAUUGGCACAGUGACUGUGGAAGAGAGGGAACGUUUUGAGGAAAUCAAGGAGAGGCUACGGGUGCUUUUGGAAAACCAGAUUACACACUUCAGGUACUGCUUUCCAUUUGGACGGCCAGAGGGAGCGCUGAAAGCAACUCUGUCCUUGCUUGAAAGGGUUCUGAUGAAAGAUAUUGUUACUCCAGUUCCACAAGAGGAAGUUAAAGCUGUAAUCCAUAAGUGUUUGGAGCAGGCAGCUCUGGUCAACUACCAACGCCUGUCAGAGUAUGCCAAACUGGAGGGGAAAAAGAGAGAGAUGUAUGAACAUCCUGUCUUCUGCUUGGCGUCUCAAGUGAUGGAUUUAACCAUUCAGAAUGUAGGGCGGUUAGUCACUCCUGCGAAAAAGCUGGAGGACACCAUUCGCCUGGCCGAGCUGGUGAUUGAGGUCCUUCAGCAGAAUGAGGAACACCAUGCUGAGGCCUUUGCGUGGUGGUCAGAUCUGAUGGUGGAGCAUGCCGAGACCUUCCUGUGUCUCUACUCGGCCGACAUGGAUGCAGCUCUUGAAGUUCAGCCGCCCGACAGCUGGGACAGUUUCCCCCUCUUCCAACUGCUCAACGACUUCCUAAGGGUGGACUAUAACCUGUGCAAUGGGAAGUUCCACAAGCACCUGCAGGACCUGUACGCCCCCCUGGUGGUGCGAUAUGUGGACCUGAUGGAGUCCUCCAUUGCUCAGUCCAUUCACAGAGGGUUUGAGAGGGAAUCAUGGGAACCUGUCAAUAAUGGUUCAGGGACAUCUGAGGAUCUCUUCUGGAAGCUGGACGCUCUACAGACCUUCAUCAGAGAUCUCCACUGGCCAGAGGAGGAGUUUGGCAAGCAUUUGGAGACCCGACUGAAGCUGAUGUCCAGUGACAUGAUUGAAUCCUGUGUAAAACGGACACGGGCUGCAUUCGAGGCCAAGCUUCAGAGGAGCAGCCGGGCCACAGACUUCCGUGUGCCGCAGUCCAUCUGCACCAUGUUCAACGUCAUGGUGGAUGCCAAGGCCCAGUCAGCCAAGCUGUGUGCCGUGGACCUGGGGCAGGAGAGACAAUACCAUUCCCAAAUUGACAAUCUAAUUGAGGAGACGGUGAAGGAGAUGAUAACUCUGCUGGUAGCUAAGUUUGUGGUCAUUCUAGAGAGUGUGUUAGCCAAACUCUCCAGAUAUGAUGAGGGAACGCUCUUCUCCUCCUUCCUAUCUUUCACAGUGAAAGCUGCCUCAAAGUAUGUGGAUGUACCAAAGCCAGGAAUGGAUGUGGCUGACGGUUAUGUAACGUUUGUUCGCCAUUCCCAGGACAUGCUGCGAGAGAAGGUCAAUGAGGAGGUGUACAUAGAGAGAUUAUUUGAUCAAUGGUACACCAGCACUAUGAACCUAAUAGGAACAUGGCUGACUGACCGUAUGGACCUUCAACUCCACGUUUAUCAGCUGAAGAUUCUCAUCAGGAUUGUUAAGAAAAAGUACCGUGACUUCAGACUUCAAGGGGUGCUGGACUCCACUUUAAAUAGUAAGAUGUAUGAAACCGUGAGAAACCGGCUGACACUGGAAGAAGCCACUGCCUCAGUGAGGGAAGGAGGGAUGCAAGGCAUUUCCAUGAAGGACAGCGAUGAAGAGGACAACGAUAAUUAGAUCCAAGGGCCUGAAAAUUCCAAGAAUAUAGCUUUUCAGAGGGUUAGUGGUAUACUGCCUGAGAACCCAUGCAGCCUUUCCAUGAGGUCAGAACAGAUUGACCUAACAUCCAACUUGUUCCCUUUAUUUUUUGCUUUGUCAGUUUUUCAUUCAUGUAAUAGUUGUGCAUUUCUGUCAGGAGUAAUACCAGAACAAAUACAUUUUGUGUCUACAAAAACCUACAAGAAUCAAGUCUGUCCUAUCACUGCUCAUGAAGCUUAAAACUCAAAAGUCAUAACAGCCAAGUACUAAAUAUUACCUUAAAUCAACCAAACACUGGUCACAUUCUGCUGUAAUGUGAGCAAGUAAGUUUUGAAAAUAUUUAAAAGAGGCCAAAAUC